UCCUUAAUGGAAAGAUGGGGUUGUGGUAGGAACUGUUUGGAAAAGUGGGAAGAUUUGUGAGAUCUCUCUUUGUUUUCACUUUUCCUCUUCAAGUUGGCUUAAGUAUGAUGGGUUCGGUUUCUCUUUUGAACAAACUAGCUCAAAAGGGAGAACCAAAAGGAAUCCUCCCAAGUAAUCAGUCUUCAUACGGAUUCUCAUAACUGAAAGGUUGACUCAGCCACCUACAAACUUGUAUAAAUUCUGCCUCAACCCUCUCCUCUUUCUUCACUUCAUCACUUCCCCUUUUGUUUUUCUUCCCCCUUUCUCCUCAACCCUUUAACUACCACCAUGUCUUCGUGCAGAAAAAUGAGAUAUCCAUCGUUUAGCCUCCUCAGAGAAUACAACAUUCUCUUCAUAAGAGGCCUCAUGGUUUUGUUCCUCAGUUGCUUAACCAUUAGGCUUAAUUUCUCUAUUUCCAGCAUACCCUCUUCACUCAAAGCACUUCCCUUGAAAGGACACUUCAGUUUUGAAGAAUCUGACCUUAAACAUGUAGCCAGGGACUUUGGCAACAGGUACCAGUCUCACCCUAUGGCAGUGCUGCAUCCAAAAUCAGUUUCUGACAUUGCAGACACCAUAAAGCAUAUCUGGAACUUGGGGCCUGCUUCUCAUCUCACUGUUGCAGCCAGAGGCCAUGGCCACUCACUCCAGGGCCAGGCACAGUCUCAUGGAGGAGUUGUGAUCAACAUGGAGUCACUCGGUGUCCCAGAAAUGAAGGUGUAUGCAGGAGAAUCUCCUUAUGUGGAUGUCUCGGGAGGAGAACUGUGGAUUAACAUCUUGCAUGAGACACUAAGGUAUGGAUUGACACCAAGAUCAUGGACAGACUACUUACAUCUCACAGUUGGUGGCACUUUAUCCAACGCUGGUGUAAGUGGCCAGGCAUUUAGGCAUGGUCCCCAGAUAAGUAAUGUUCAGAAGCUGGAGAUUGUUACAGGAACAGGAGAGGUGGUAAACUGUUCUGAGGAGCAGAACGGUGACCUCUUUCACAGUGUACUUGGAGGGCUAGGUCAGUUUGGCAUUAUAACAAAGGCAAGAAUAUUCCUGGAACCUGCACCUACCAUGGUAAAAUGGAUCAGGGUGCUGUAUGCAGAUUUCACAGCAUUCACUAGAGACCAAGAGAAACUGAUAUUUGCAGAAAAAGCUUUUGAUUACGUUGAAGGAUUUGUGAUAAUAAACAGAACCGGUCUGCUAAAUAACUGGAGAUCAUCCUUCAACCCACAAGACCCAGUUCAAGCUAGCAAGUUCAAGUCAGAUGGAAGAACUCUCUUCUGCCUUGAAUUGGCCAAAUACUACAAUCUGGAAGAAACCCUUGUGGUGAAUCAGGAAGUUGAGAAACAUUUGUCCCACUUGAACCAUAUCCCAUCAACACUUUUCCUAACAGAAGUCACAUAUGUAGAUUUUCUAGACAGGGUGCAUAUCUCAGAGGUCAAGUUGCGUUCAAAAGGCUUGUGGGAUGUUCCCCACCCAUGGCUCAAUCUUUUUAUACCCAAAACCAAAAUACACCAUUUUGCAGAGGUUGUCUUUGGGAACAUCGUAACAGAAACCAGCAACGGCCCUGUCCUUAUCUACCCAGUAAAUAAAUCAAAAUGGGACAACAGAAGUUCUGUUGUUAUACCAGAAGAAGAUAUUUUCUACUUGGUGGCAUUUCUUGCCUCUGCAGUGCCCUCUUCCAAUGGUUCUGAUGGGCUUGAACACAUUCUGAGUCAGAACAAAAAAAUCUUAGAGUAUUGUGAAAGAGCUGAUCUUGGAGUAAAGCAAUACUUGCCACACUACACUACACAGGAAGCAUGGAGGGUGCACUUUGGUUCUCGGUGGCAGAUUUUCCAGCAAAGAAAAUCACUUUAUGACCCUUUGGCUAUACUUGCCCCAGGCCAACAAAUUUUUCAAAAAUCAAUAACCUUCUCAUGACGUACCCACCUUUUAAUAACGUGAAAAAAGAAAAAAAAAAGUUUUAAAGUAGCAUACAUGUGUGCAUAU